UCCUGGGGCUUAGUUGCUGAGCGGCGCCUAGGAGACUCUCGUCGAGGGCAAGAUGGCGGACGUGCUGGAUCUUCAUGAGGCUGGGGGCGAGGAUUUCGCCAUGGACGAAGAUGGGGAUGAGAGCAUCCACAAACUGAAAGAAAAAGCAAAGAAACGGAAGGGCCGCGGCUUUGGCUCCGAAGAGGGGUCUCGAGCACGGAUGCGUGAGGAUUAUGACAGCGUGGAGCAGGAUGGAGAUGAACCUGGACCGCAACGCUCUGUUGAAGGCUGGAUUCUCUUUGUCACUGGAGUCCAUGAGGAAGCCACAGAAGAAGACAUCCACGACAAAUUUGCAGAGUAUGGGGAAAUAAAAAACAUCCACCUCAACUUGGACAGGCGUACAGGAUACCUGAAGGGGUAUACCCUAGUUGAGUAUGAAACAUACAAGGAGGCCCAGGCUGCUAUGGAGGGACUCAAUGGCCAAGAUUUGAUGGGACAGCCGAUCAGUGUGGACUGGUGUUUUGUUCGAGGUCCACCCAAGGGCAAAAGGAGAGGUGGCCGAAGACGCAGCAGGAGUCCAGAGCGGAGGCGCCGCUGACAGGUCCUCUGUUGUCCAGGUGUUCUCUCCAGAGAUUCCAGUUGACCAUGCAGCCAUGGAGAAAUAGGGCUGGGUAGUACUCAUUGUUUAUAAUUAAUCUCUUACCCCAUCACUUAGUGGGGUUUGUUUUUUUUUUGAGUUAUGAAUAAAUGCCCCAUUGUUUUCUACA